AUGUUUAAUGCUAAAAUCACUACCAAGUGGCGCAAAGAAAUCCAGGACAUCGGGGAAGAUGUCAACGAGCAAAUGCUAGACUGGAUCAUUGAAGAAGUGCAGUGGAAAUCCACCAUCUUCCCAGAUGCAAAGCACAUUGUCGCAUACGACAUAGGUGUGGUCAAGUCAGACGUUGACAUACCAGAAGAAUUACGACGGGUUCUCGUCUCCAUCCAGACCUCCAUAAUCAACACCAUGCCUGCCGAAACUCUCCUGCCCUUGCUCGCAGACGACCAGGCAGCUGGCUCCAAGUCGCCGGGGGCUGUUCCUUUCCAGACAAUCCAUGUCUUGAAUGCAGAUUGGUUGAAUCUUCCUUCGGAGCGGAAAGAUGAGGAUAUCACUGCCUUCUUCCCUCAAGUUCUCAGAGAGAAUCUGUGA